UGGACAAACACUAAAUACAGCUUUAUUAAUUAAUUUACAUCUUGAUCCUCGAUCGUCUGACAUGGAAUUGGCCUUAUUAGAGAGACAAAAGCAACAAACAAGCAGAGUUGGUUAGAACUGGAGUCAAUAUUGAAAGAAAGAAGCUGCAAUACAUGGCAGUCUCCAGAGCAUCUCACACUCACACUUGGAUUCUGUUUUUCAUAUCAUAUUUGUUGGUGGGUGGUUCUUAUGGUGCUUCUCCAUUCAGAGAUCGGAAUCUACUUGCUAAUGGACUUGGUUCCACUCCUCCCAUUGGAUGGAACAGCUGGAAUCAUUUCCAGUGUGACAUCAAGGAAACUUUGAUCAGGGAAACUGCGGAUGCAAUGGUGUCGAGUGGACUUGCUGCAGUAGGAUACCAGUUUAUUAAUUUAGAUGAUUGCUGGGGUGAACUUGAUAGAGAUUCUCAGGGAAAUUUGGUUCCCAAGAUUACAACAUUUCCUUCAGGCAUAAAAAAUCUGUCAGAUUAUGUUCAUAGCAAGGGACUCAAGCUUGGAAUUUACUCAGAUGCUGGAACUCAAACUUGUAGCAAGAAGAUGCCUGGGUCACUUGGCCAUGAAGAACAAGAUGCUAAAACCUUUUCCUCCUGGGGGGUAGAUUAUUUGAAAUACGAUAAUUGCUUUGACACUGGCACAAGCCCGAAGGAAAGGUACCCCGUAAUGAGUAAAGCUUUACUAAAUUCGGGGAGAUCCAUAUUUUUCUCAAUGUGUGAAUGGGGAAGAGAAGAUCCAGCAACUUGGGCGGCAAGCAUAGGGAACAGUUGGAGAACAACCGGAGAUAUUGAAGAUAAUUGGAAUAGCAUGACAUCUAUUGCAGAUCAGAACGACAAAUGGGCAUCUUAUGCAGGACCUGGUGGUUGGAAUGAUCCUGACAUGCUUGAAGUAGGAAAUGGCGGCAUGACCACAGAAGAAUACCGUUCUCACUUCAGCAUAUGGGCAUUGGCUAAAGCUCCACUCUUGAUUGGAUGUGAUGUUAGGUCAAUGGAUAAAACGACCUUGGAAUUGCUUAGCAAUAAAGAGGUUAUUGAAGUUAAUCAAGAUAAACUUGGAGUUCAGGGGAAAAAGGUUAAGAAAGAGGGGGAUCUUGAGGUAUGGUCUGGUCCUCUGACCAAUAAAAGGAUAGCUAUGGUCUUAUGGAACAGAGGAUCUUCACAAUCAAACAUCACUGCUAAUUGGUCUGAUAUAGGUCUUGAGUCCUCAACUGUGGUUGAUGCUCGAGACGUAUGGAAGCAUUCGACCCAAUCAUCGAUUCAAGGUCAACUUUCGGCUCAACUGGAUUCUCAUGCUUGUAAAAUGUAUAUCCUUACACCCCGUUGAACUAUUUAGUUAGAGAAUCCUUCCAUGGUCAUGUACACAUGUUAUCAUUGUUAUACUUAAUUAAUCUGAAAGAAAGGCCGGAAAGCUCGUAGCCUCACUGAAUAAAGGAUUUGAAUUAUUUUUCAGAGCAAUGUAGUUCACAAUAUAUAUAUAUAUGAAGUGAUGUGCUCACUUAAUAUGCACUUA